AUGCCGGCCAAGGCCCGUAAAUGGAACGCGAAGACAGUCCAGGCGGUCGACAGCAAAGGCGCAGGCAAGAGCGCUGGCAUGAAGCGAGCCAUUGGCAAUAGCAACUCCGAGCCCCCAAAAAAACGUCGAAAGGCCCAGGCAGCUGCCACAGAAGACACGAUCAUCCCCGAAGCAGACAAGGUGACAAAUGCGCCAUGGGUGAUAGAUCCAGAUCAGGUGUUUAGGUUCCUCGAUCUGCCAGGAGAACUACGCAACCGAAUCUACGGAAUGGCGAUCGAAUGGAGCUUCCGCAGCUUUCCUAGGACCCAUGAAAAGCCAAAGAAAUCCAGACGCAGAAACGCAGUUGAGGAGAAAGCAGCCGCCAUCACCCAAGCGAGACCGCUUCCUUACAUCGGCUUGACACAAGUUUGCUCGCUGAUUCGUACUGAGUUUCGUCCUUUGUGGCUGUCUACUCAUCAGUUCCCGCUCUUCGCACUAGAAGGAUACUUCAAAGCGUUCUUUCCAGUGUUACGUGGAGGUUCACGAUUAAACGAAGACGUUCGGAAACGCAUCAAGAGCUACUCCAAAGCGACCGGCACCCUGCGUCUCUGGGUCAGAAUGGACUGUUUGAAACACGUUGAUGUCCUCCCACUUCUCAAGUUCAGGCACCGGUUCCCUGAGUACACCAUAACGCCCCAACCUGCACCAUUCAAUGUCGACACGCUCACCAUAGACUCGUUCACGGCUUUCAUGAACACCAGUCAUGCGACCUGGGUCAGGUACAUCAAGCAACACCGCAUUACACAGAUCAAGUUGCAAGUUAGCCGUUAUACAGUCGGACCCUCCAACUUGCCCAUGCGUAUCGUUCUUAAAGAGAAAGACGCGCUUGGCUGGAUGGGAUCAGGUCUAAUUAGCCAGUCCCACCUCGUGGAAGAGUACAAGAGAUUUCUGGGACUCGAUCCAAGUUGGGGUGUUACUUUUGCCGUGGAUUACUCAUGA